UCGAGCCGGAAGUCGUAAUAUUUUGGUUGCACCUUAUUGGCUACAGGAGCCGUUGAUUUCCUGAAACAAAACGGUCUGAAAAUCUUAUAAUACGUCCAUGCUGAAAAUGCGUUCAUUUUUACCUGCAGUGGCCGAACAGCUUUUCCGAGAUAUUAAAAAAACAUACCAGGAGACGUCCCAAAUUCCUGAUGACCUGCUUAUUGCGUUGAAGUUUGUCUUUGGCCCUUGUGCGCUGCAGGCUUUGGACCUCGUUGACCAGCAUUCAGUCACCUGUCUGUUAUCUCCCACCGGACGCAAAGCAUUCCAGGUAAUGGGAGCCUCGGGGCGUUUGUACACUUGCUUUGUGUCCUGUCACUACUGCCCGUGCCCGGCCUUCGCCUACACCGUGCUCCGCAGAAAUGAGGGCCCACUGUGCAAACACAUCCUGGCCAUCUACCUUUGUCAGGCCAUGGGUGGGACUCAGCAGGAGAGCGUGUCAGAUCAGCAGAUGUCCUUGCUGCUUAGCGGGACGGAAGCCCUGUGACACCCACCAGGUGUGUUCAGUACAGCAGGUGGAGCAGCACACCCGCGUGGACCCUCUCGGAUGAGAGCCAAUGUUUUGAACGGACACUUUGGGUAACUGCAGAGACGAUUGGAGCAUGGGAACAAUGCCAUGGUUUCUGCUUGUUCAUUUGUCUCUUUGAAUGACUACAGAUGUUGCUUUAUUUAUUUUUUCGUCGGAAGAGAUGUUAUCUGUUUCCAGGGAAACGACAUCUGUUUGUUAAGUAUGUGCGGCUUUAUUUUUAGGUUAUAGUUAUCUGAAGCAUCUGCGUGCUGAAGGGACUUCAGAAACAUUUUAAAAGCAUGUUUCCAAUGUGUGAUUUGUAAAUAUAAAUUGUCAUAGGAUAUAAAGUUGAAAUCUAAGCAAUAAAGACUGAUCUGUAACAAUAUAAACAUUGCCUUUAUUAACAAAAUAAUUCACCAUACAUACAGAUUGCAUCAUGUUGAAUAGCAGUAUCAGUUUCGCUGUUGUAAUUUUGUUGAAUGGAAGAAAGACUGGCCUAUGGAAAGGUUGAACAUCAGCUUGACCACAGUGGAUGUUUCUCCUGAUUAGUAACAACACUAAAGCACACAAACAGAUAGGUACUUCGGAAUGAAAGGCAGGAAUGUUGAACUAGAUCAACUUGUUAUUGUCCGUCUUACCUUUAAAAACGCAAAAGAAGGCAAUAGUUUGACAUCAAUCAAUAGCUUGUAGAAAGCCGGACACCUACAGUACUUAUUUUUACACAUCAGUCCACAAAGACAAUAAUAUAACAUUACAGUGCAGUUACAGUAUAGAUGUCUCCAUUGGAAUGUACUAAAACUUUGGCACACUCCUGUAUUUAGCCCUUGAAGUUAGUCAGAGGUGGUACACUGGACACAAUGGCAAAUGAGGGGCAUAGUCAAGCAGUGGAGGCAAGUGCUCAACUUAAGAACACUUGUUAAACACCAACACAACAUGUUUCAACACCACCAAUAAAGCACACCAAAUGGGAAAUAAUUGAAAAUAUCAGUGCAAUGUGUUUUCAUUUGUGUAGUGAUGGCGCUCAGGUGACCAAAUUCAACCUCAUUUCUUUCACAUAAAUUACGAUUCUCCAAACAAAACUCUGCUUUUCUCUGAUUAAACUCACGAGGCCUUUUUUCUUGUGGUUCAUAAGCUCUGGACCCUGUCUUGACUUUUAUAAGCUCACAGGAACGUGCACAACAAUGCUAACCCCUGCACAAAAGAGG